CCACAAAACUGAAAUAGUGUCAGCUACACUGCACAGCAGGGCUUUGUCAGUCUUAAAUGGACGACAAACGAGCCCCCAUGUCUCCAUUAAUGACUCUGCACUUGUAAUGAUUCCACACUGACGAGACAAAAUGGACAAAUGUAAGUAAGAACACUUUAUUCCAUUUAUCAUCCCUCUUUGAUAAACAGUUGUAAACCAACUGAUAUAAGAAUGUGACAGAAGAUGGGAGAUUGGAAUUUACUAGGGAGUAUUUUAGAAGAGGUGCACAUCCAUUCCACCAUCGUGGGGAAGAUCUGGCUCACCAUCCUCUUUAUCUUCCGGAUGCUUGUGCUUGGUGUUGCAGCAGAGGAUGUAUGGGAUGAUGAGCAGAGUGAGUUUGUCUGCAACACAGAGCAGCCUGGCUGUAAAAAUGUCUGCUACGACCAGGCUUUCCCUAUCUCCCUCAUCCGCUAUUGGGUCCUGCAGAUCAUUUUCGUAUCCUCUCCGUCUCUGGUCUACAUGGGACAUGCCCUGUAUCGGCUGAGGACCCUGGAGAAGGAGAGGCACCGGAAGAAAGCCUGUCUGAAAGCAGAGCUGGAGGGGAUCGACCCCGUCCAAGAGGACCAUAAGAGGAUUGAACGGGAGCUCCGCAAGCUUGAUGAACAGAAAAAAGUAAGGAAAGCUCCACUUAGAGGCUCCUUGCUGCGCACAUAUGUUUUCCAUAUCUUGACUCGGUCUGUUGUGGAAGUGGGCUUCAUUAUUGGUCAGUGUGCUCUGUAUGGCAUUGGACUGUCUCCACUGUACAAAUGUGAAAGGUUGCCUUGCCCCAACAGUGUUGACUGUUUUGUAUCACGGCCAACAGAGAAGAAUAUUUUCAUGGUUUUUAUGCUGGUUAUUGCUGGAGUCUCCUUAUUCCUCAAUCUGCUGGAAAUAUUCCAUCUUGGAGUGAAAAAGAUCAAACAAACCUUGUUUGGAUACAAAUAUGGUGAUGACGACAGCAUGUGCAGGUCAAAGAAGAACUCCAUGGUGCAGCAGGUUUGUGUGCUCACUAAUUCAUCCCCACAGAGGAUGGUGCAUGUGACACAGGUUCUACCUGAUGCUCAUGGGGAGACACUCCCUUUGAGGGUACGACAGAAUCAGGAGGGUUCUAGCCAUCAGACGUACCUGCCUGGUCCUGGUGACGUCCAGAUUCUCCAGCAGCCGGGAGCCAUGGAACACCGCUACACUCUGGAGAAUAGGAAACCAUCAUGUAGCAGCGACGAGUCAAACGGGGCUCAUGCCUCCAGUCAGCUGUAUGCCAGGGCCCAGCCUCGACCCACACUGACCACCAACCAUAUGGAGAUUCCAGCAGCCUUGAGAAACCCACAGAGGAAACAGAGCAAGGUCAGCAUCUGCAAGGAGCUCAGUGACAUGAGCGAUUCCCCAGAAAGUGACCGCUUCCCCACGCCCCACAGGAAGUGUAGUUUCAUGUCCCGGGGAAUGUCCGAGGGCAAACUGGCAACUCCGUCCGACAGCGUCAGCUCUCAGAGUGGCACCGACAUUGAGGGUCAACACCACAACCAAGGAGAGAGUCCAGUGAUGACACCACCGCCUCCAGCUGCCGGAAGAAGGAUGUCCAUGAGCAUGAUUCUGGAGCUGUCUUCAAUCAUGAAAAAGUAGAAGCCAAAUGCCUGACAUUUUGGGACCGGAGGUGUAUGACUCCUAAAAGGACUGAUGGAUCCUGAUUACCAAAUGAACUUCAUCCUCUCAACUGCUUUACAUCUUGUUACAAUGAAUCUACACUAUGUGUUGUGUUUUAAUCCUGUUAACAUGGAACUCCACUGGCAAAAUUAGCUUAAUAACUGCCUUUUUGUUGUUGUACAAAGGAUAUCUUUGGUAUUUUUUUUGAUAAUCUGCAAGGUACUUGCUAAUGUAGUUAUGAGGAACAUAAAUCAAAAUGACAUUUGGCUCAGAGCAAAUAUAACUGCUCAUUAAAUGAGUAGAAAAUGACAGCCAGAUGAUUGUAAUUCUAAGAUGUAGGAUUGGCAACUACAUAUAGACAAGAACCCUCCUGAAACCACCUUAUGGUUUAUCAAACAGAAUGAGCAGGAACUAAAAAGGGCUCCUCAUAUUCAAUAUUUUGGUCUAAUUGAGUCACCUAAAAUGAGAAUUAUAAAUAUAUCUAAAAAUGUAUGCUUUUUGUGAUGUUUCUUCAAUGUUUUUCUAUUAAAGCCUUUCCCUUUUCAGCAGGACUGAA